UUUCAAAGAGAAAUCGUCCUCCCUCAUCAUGAACGUAUUCAUCAAUGUUUAAGAACCUCUUUCUUCUAAACCAAGCAAUAUCUAUUUAUGGAUAAGAGGGAGAAUGCUGGAUGGACUCCAGUUCCACAGUUCGGAGGAUGGGACCAAAACGGGCCAAAUGACGAAACAAACUACUCGGUUGUCUUCUCCAAAGCUCGCGCUAACAGGAAGCAGAACAAAGCUGGUGUGAGACAUUCUAGUUUGGGAAGCCAACAAGAACUCAUGGCAAGUGCUCGUCGCAACCACCAGCAACUUCACCAUCGCCACGAAACUCAAGACGAUGACCCUGUCAUGAAGAAGAAGAGGAUCUUGACCUACAUUAAUUGUUGUAUCAGGCCAAACUAGGCCCUUGUUCCAAAAACUCGCAAUCUAUAUGUCCUCGAUGACAUAGCAAAAAUACGUCGCAGCGUGUAAUGAAUGAGUGUAACAUUUCUGUAAUCUUCUUCAUCAAAAGAAAAAAAAAAAAAAAAGGAGACGACGUACGUUUCUGUAAUAUAUGUGCAUUAUCUGUUAAUAUACUCCACUCUGGUUGGUGUAUAUAUACAUUCUGACUUAAUUCUGCCUACAUUAUUAUGAUAAGAGAGCAAUUUA